AUGAGCAGACACGUUCUCAUCCUCGGCGGCCACGGCAAGGUCUCUCAGAACCUCACCCCGCUUCUGCUCAAGAAGUCAUGGACCGUCACCAGCGUCAUCCGCGCCCAGGAGCAGGUCCCGACCAUUGAGAAGCUCGGCGCCAACCAGUCCGGCAAGCUCAACGUUCUGGUAAGGAGCAUCGAGGACGUCAAGGACCAGUCGCAGGCUCAGGCCAUCCUCGACGAGGUGAAGCCCGACACCAUCAUUUGGAGCGCAGGUGCCGGUGGAAAGGGAAACCCAGAGAGGACCUUCCUCGUUGACCGUGACGCCGCAAUCCACUUCGUCAGGGCGUCCAUCGCGACCCCCUCCAUCAAGAAGUUCAUCCUCGUGUCCUACCUCGGCUCCCGCAAGAACAAGCCGUCGUGGUGGUCGGAGGAGGAGUGGCAGAACUCGCUCGACGGCAACAAGAAGCUGGCCAACUACUUCAAGGCCAAGGUCGCCGCCGACGAGGUCCUGUGGCAGGAGUCCCGGAAGCGCCAGGACUUCGCCGGCGUCAGCCUGCGCCCCGGCCUGCUGACGGACGAGCCCGCCGGCAAGGUCCAGUUCGGCAAGACCAGCAAGGCCAAGGGCACCUCGAGCCGUCAGAGCGUCGCCGAGAUCGCCGCGCUCAUCGCCGAGAACGAGAACUUUACGACUUCCUGGGUCGACCACCUCGACGGCGACGAGGAUCCCAAGGCGGCGGUUGACAGGGUUGCCAAGGAGAAGGUGGACGUUGCCGAGGGCGAGGACUUUUACAAGGCUUAA